UUAUGUGUGAGUGACUUCCACUUAGCAAUUUGGACUGGUGUGGACUGGAUAAGACAUUUCCCUAUUAAAGAUUAUCUCUGCAGUAGAUAUGCGGAAAGGUUUAUUACUGUACUUCGCGCUUCAUCUCUUCUUCACAUCGCUUUAAAUUUGCUCAACACAGUGUUCACCCACCCCCUAACAGUGACUCCUCAGAUACUGUGACGACUGCAACGCCUUCUGUUAAGCCAGGAACAUGUCCAUGUUCAGCACGGGCAUCCUUGUGCUGACGUCUCCUCUCCACACACUCCCCCUGCGUAUUGCCCCGGUCCUCAGUUCAGCUGCCCAGCUUGUAGAGCGCACACUUUACGUCCACCUCCACCCUGGGUUGAACCUGGGAGGUGGGAACCAGCCUCGUCCAGUUUUCAUUCCACCAGUAGUGGACCUAUCUACCCUCAUUACCCGCCUUUACAGCAAUGCAGCUGACGUAUGCGGGCACCUGGAUGUUCGCGUUUUGCUGACUAAUGUUCGCGCUCAUUCGGCGACAUGCAGCGGGACCACGAUUCCAAGCUGCCCCUUCCCCACACCGCAGUCUCUGUCUCACUCCCCGGAGGUGGUGCUAACAGACUUUCCUCUGCAGGACCCAGGUCAGUCCCAUCAGGUUACACAGUGUCUGCAGAGCUACACCGGCCACUGCUACGUCUGCAGCCCCAGUCUGCCCUCAGUGCUGCUUCACCCGCAGCUAAUGAAGCUGCAGGAGAAAGAGGAAGGGCUGAAGGAGCCUGAAGAAAAGUCAGAACCCUUGGAGACCUACAAUGAUGUGGUGGUAGGGGGGACAUUUGACCGGCUCCACGGGGCCCAUAAGACGUUGCUCAAUAUAUCAUGCCUGCUAGCCAAUAGAAGGUUCCUUAUCGGUGUGUGUGACCAAGCAAUGCUGAAAAAAAAGGUGCUUAAGGAGCUCAUCGAGCCCUACUCUGUCCGGGUCCAGAGGCUGCAGGAGUUCCUGCAAGACGUCAAGCCCUCUCUGCAGGUGGAGAUCGUGCCUCUUGAUGACCCCUAUGGAGUGUCUGUGGUUGACCCCCUGUUGCAGUGCAUCGUGGUUAGCGAGGAGACCAGGAAGGGAGGCGAGGCUGUCAACAAGAAACGUGCUGAGAAUGGCCUUCCAGCUCUUGUUCUUCAUGAAAUCCAGUUGCUUAAGGAUGCUCACCACACUGAGACAGAGGAGGAGAAGAUCAGCUCCUCUAGUCUUCGCUCUCGUCUGCUGGGCACCCUCCUUACCCCGCCUAAAGACACAUCUCAUCUCCCUCCACUUCCAUAUGUGAUUGGUCUGACCGGAGGCAGCGGCAGUGGAAAAAGCUCCAUUGCCAGGCAGCUGGAGGCCUUGGGUGCAGUUCGAAUUGAUUGUGACAAGCUGGGCCAUGAGGUGUACCAGCCAGGCACAGCAGCCUAUCACAGAGUGCUGGAAGCAUUUGGGUCAGAUAUUCUUAAUGAGGAUAAAACCAUCAACAGACGUGCAUUAGGAAGGAAAGUUUUUGGAAACCAGGAACGGUUAAAAACCCUUACAGACAUUGUAUGGCCGGAGAUUGCACUUCUGGUGAAGAAGAGAAUCAGCCAAGCCAGAGAGGAAGGUAAACAGGUUUGUGUGAUGGAUGCAGCAGUUCUUCUGGAGGCGGGAUGGACAGACAUGGUCCAUGAAGUCUGGGUCACUGUCAUCCCCGAGGAGGAGGCGGUAUUAAGGAUAACAGAGCGAGAUGGUGUGACCACAGAGGAUGCCCUGAGGCGGCUGCAGAGCCAGUGGUCCAACGGCAAGCAGGUAGCGCUUGCCAACGUAGUGCUCAGCACGCUGUGGGAGCCAGAGGUCACUCGGAAACAGGUACUAAGAGCUUGGAAUCUUCUUCAGAAGAGAAUCCAGCAGAGACGAGAGGGACAGUAGGAAGUUGAUCACAUCAGAUCAGCUGUGACCACUACAUACAGAACAAGCAUGUGUCAGGCCCAGCCACAUGUGUGCAUAAAUGACUGAUCCACAUAAAGAAAACUCUGCCUUAGAAAGAAGUGAGAAUGGUCUCUGUGCCAUUGCAGCAAAACACCCAACAAGCUCCCUCACCUCUUUGACCAAGACUCAGUGCCUGAUUGAAUUUCCAUGGGUUUUUAAAUUCUAGUUUUAUUUUACAAAGCUUAGUUGAAAGAUGGAUUGGUGAGGAAAAAGAAUUUCAUAAAUGAUCCCUAACAACAAUAUCAUUUUGCAGUUUGCAAGCUGGAAAUCUUGUUGGGGAUUAAUAAAGUGCUAUCCUAAGAAUUGUAGAUCUGUUUUUACCCAAAGAUGUUUUCAUGAAUGGCAUGCCUUUAAAGGAAAUGCCCAAUGUUCACCAAUUGUAGAUAAUUCCAAAAUACCAGCUAAGAUCUGCUAAUUCUAAUCAUUUAGGCACCUUGUCAACAGAUGACACUUUACAAGUUCUGUCCUCUCUCCAUGUCUCCUAAGUGUAAUAAUAUGAAUGUAGCUUAGACAAGCAAUUAAUAGUAAGGGAAAGGUGAGUUACCAUAUUGAAAGACUGUAUGAUUGCCAUUGUUUAAUCAUAGAAUUAAAUUAUGUGUUUAUUUUUGUGGUUUCUGGGUUUGGAGAAUAUUUUUCACGAAUUCACUGUCAUUAUCUAAAGGUUUUAAAACACAAGGAAUUAUAAUUAUAAUAUUAUAAUUAACCAGACAAAGUACACUAAAUCGUAGAAAUACGUGCAAUAAAUCAGUACACUGAUUGAAAAAGGAAAAUACUGGACAGACAUAUUGAAUUAAAAACAGAGGGGUCAUAUGGAUAGAUUAUGGAAAGUCUCAUACUGUAGCAAGUCAGUGGCCAGUGGGCAAAGUAGAUGGUUCUUUAAAUAAUAUUUUUAUAUGUUAAAUUUAUGUAUAAGUGAAAAUAAUUAAAUUACAAUCCAAGAAAAUGCAAUGGCCACCUUGUAUUUUGCAAAAAACAGUUGUCAGAUCAGCCCUCUCUUCAAAUGUUCAGGUCUCUGAAAGUACCUGGAAAAACCAAGCGUGGAAGCUGAAGUCAUUAUGACGUGUUAAACUCAUGGUCAAUUGUAAUUGAUGUUUACAUAACAAGAAUGAAAUAUUUUGCUUCUUACUUUUAGCCAUACCUUUAAUACUGAAAGGCUUGUCCAAUGAAGUGUCAUUUGGUCGUACAGUUUGUGAUAGAUUUCAAGUGUCUUUACCUUCUCAGUGGAAUGCUAUAAUAAACUUGCAAAAUGUUAAAA